UUAUUCACUGUCCUUGCCAAUAUGACCAUUUUUUUUCCCCACAAGUCUCAAAAUUGCUGUAGAUUAGAAUCAAAGGAUUCUAUAUUCCUCAGGUACAUAUUUGAAAUGGGAUUGCCUAAGGAAUGGUUGUGGACAAACUAAUAGGCAGAGUUUUCUAUUAUUAGUAAACAGUAAAAGUACUGUUAAGGAAUUAGGUGUAUUCCCCAAAAGUUCAUUUUUUAAAAAAGUUGUAUUUUCCCAUUGUAUCCAGCUGUAAUUCCUAAGUUAUUUCUUCUUAUACUGCUAGGGUGUUAAAAGGAGUUAAAGGAUGAGUGACCAGGUAUUAGCUUUAGUUGUGGAAAGACAGUUGAUGCCCUUAUUCAUUCGUUUAGCAGACAUUCCUUCUGCUUGAUGCUCAGCCUUGAAGAUACAAAGAUGAAAAGCAGCUAAAAUCCAGCAUUGUAGAGACAGUCGCUGUAGAACCUUAGCUGUAGACAGCCAGCCACAAGCAGCGUAGCUGAGGGUAUGAGGAGAGUUCUGAGGAACACCCGAGAGGAAGUGGCAGUUCUUCAAGGGGAUGAUGAGUGGGUAGGAGCCAAACAGCAUGAAUUGCAAGUGAACUCGAUGCAGUUGUUGUACUACCAGGCCCCAGUGUCCUCCGCCAUGUUGCUGGUCGCCGUGCCCUUCUUUGAGCCAGUGUUUGGAGAAGGAGGAAUAUUUGGCCCCUGGUCAGUGUCCGCAUUGCCCUGCUCCCCACACGCAUUCAACAUUGCAUUUCCCCGUCUCUGCCCCUGGAGGUAAGUCAUGUUAACAUUCUAGUGCAUGUUCUUCCGUAAUUUCUCUGGGCUAUCCAUACCCACAUAAACAAUACACACACACAUGUAUAUACAUAAAUUAAACAUUUGUUUCUUUGACAAAAGUGGAAUCAUAACAAAUAAUUUUCUGCAUCUUGCUUUUCUCGCUUCAUAUCUCAUGCUUCAGAGCAUUCUGUUCAGUGUCCAUAUAAUAGAUCCAAUUCUUGACCCCUGUGAACAGUGUUGCAGUAAACAUCCUUAUACAUAUGUAUUUAGGAACAGGUACUUUUUUUCUUUUGGAAUAGAGUCCUAAGAGUAGAAUUGCCAGGUCAAAGGGAAGUGUACUUUGGGGACAUUUUAAGUUAGAAAGUAUAAUCCCCCUCCUUAGGGAAGGAAUUUCUGCUUCCUGCAACUUUAACCUUUGGAACACAGUCCGUAGAAAAGGCUUGUUUGUUGGUGGGGUUAAUUUAUCAAACCUACAUAGCCCUUACUCUAUCCCAAGAACUACUCUAACACUUUGCAAAUGUUAACUUAUUUAAUCCUCAUAACAACUUUAUUAGGUGGAUACUAUUGUUAUCCUUAUAUUUAUGAUAUAGGAUGAGGAAACUGAGGGACAGAGUUAAGUAGCUGACUCAAGAUCCCACAGCUGGUAAGCAGACCCAGAGCCUGAGUCCAAGCAU